AUGUCAGAAAAUAAAAAGCAUUCUGGGUCCUACUACAGAAAAAGAAAAUUACAAGAAACUGCAGAAUUGCAAAAGCAAGCUACGGCUUUUAAACGUUUUAUUCAAGUUGGCUCUAGCCAGAAUAGUGAUUCAGUAAAUAUUACAAAUGAAGAAUCGAUUGAAUUAUCAGAGGGAAACGAGAGCUUCCAGCCUAAAUCAGAUGUACAAGAACGAAUUCAACUAGAAGAUUUAGAUCAAAACGAAGAAAUCAAUAGUAAAGAGUCUUCUGCAACGGAUAUGACUCAAGAAAAUGAAUCUCUUAUGGUAUCAAACGAUCCCGGAGAAUGGCCAGAUAUUAUAUCGGACAAAAUUCGGCAAAUUCUAAUUGAACGUGGACCUGAACAAAUUUCUAAUAUUCAGUUUCCUAAAAAUAAUGAUGGGAGAAGAUUCAGCGUUCAAAAUUAUUGUAGACGAAUGCCUAAUGGAGAAGAUAUAUUACGUUCUUGGCUAAUUUAUUCUGUGUCGAAAAACAAAAUUUUUUGUUUUUGCUGUCGUCUUUUUGGCACAACAAGAAUUUCUUUAUCUUCUGAAUAUGGUUACUGUGACUGGAAGCAUAUGUCUGAACUUUUAUCGGAACAUGAAAAAUCUUCUGGCCACAUGAAAGCUUUUCAAUCAUGGGUUGAAUUUGCACAACGUUUAUCUAAAAAUAAGACAAUCGAUUCUGAAAAUCAGAGAAUUAUAAAAAAUGAAGUCAAACGCUGGAUAGAAGUUCUUAAACGAAUAAUAUGGGCAAUCGGAUUUCUUGGUUCACAAAACUUAGCAUUUCGUGGCAAAACUGAUCAACUUUAUUUACGAGAUAAUGGCAAUUUUUUAAAGCUAUUUGAAUUUAUUGGAAAAUUUGAUCCAGUUAUUGCCGAACACUUACGGAGCAUAGAAACAAAAGAAUCUCACGUUCAUUAUUUAAAUUGUACUCCUGAUACUAGUCGUAAGGAACAAAUGUCUUUAAUUAUUCGGUAUACAUGUUGUGAACCAGGACAAGAACCCAGCAUAGAAGAACACUUUUUGGGAUUUAUUCCUGUUGAAGAGUCAACGGGUAAAGCUUUAACUGACACUCUUCUGUCUACACUUGAAGAAAUGAAGUUACCACUGUCGAAUAUGCGCGGGCAAGGAUACGAUAACGGGUCGAACAUGAAAGGCAAACAUGCAGGAGUUCAAGCAAGAAUUUUAAACCUAAAUCCGCUUGCAUUUUAUGUGAAUUGUGGUUCACACUCAAUGAAUUUAGCUGUGAAUGAUGCAGCUUUAUCUUGUAACGAUGCUGUCAACUUUUUUAACAUUGUGCAAGAAAUUUACAAUUACUUUUCUGCUUCUACUCAUAGAUGGUCUACUUUAAAAAAUCAUGUGACGUCGUUAACCGUGAAACCAUUAAGUACAACUCGAUGGGAGAGUCGAAUUGAUGCCGUAACACCUCUUCGUUUAGUUGUUUGGCACAUCAUUCUUUUUAGAAUAAAUGUGGUCAGCAAGCUUAUGCAGAAAGUCGACAUUCAUUUUUCAACUUCGAUAGAACUUAUAAAAAAAAUAAUAAGCUUUUUAAAAGAAUUGCGAACAGAUGAAGGUUUUGAAUCUAUAAUAAUUGAUGCGAAAGAACUUGCCGAAAUUCUAGAAAUAGAACCAGAAUUUCCACCUCAAUUGCAAGUACGUCGAAGAAGAGUCCGACGCCAAUUCGAGUACGAAUCUCAAGACGAGCCAAUUGUAGUUCCAAAGCAAGCCUUUAAAAUAAAUUUUUAUUUUCAAGUACUGGAUCGAGCUAUAAAUUCACUGACAGAAAGAUUUUCUCAAUUAAGCAAGUACAAUGACAUAUUUGGAUUCAUGUUUGAUUUGAACAGUGAAGAUAAGACAUUACUUUUAAAUAAUUGUUUAAAUUUACAAUUAGCAUUAACGAACGGUGACCAGUAUGAUAUUGAUGGUUCACAACUUUAUCAAGAGCUGUUAGUUCUGUUUUCUGUAUCCGAUUCAUUACCUCAAUUGACUAAAAAUCCAAUAGAAUUACUGAAAUUUAUUACUACUAAAAAUCUUUGUGAAAAUUUUCCUAAUGCUUAUAUAGCAUAUCGGAUUGCUGCAACUCUUCCUGUAACUGUUGCUUCAGCAGAAAGAAGCUUUUCGAAAUUAAAAUUAAUUAAAAAUUAUUUAAGAUCUACAAUGUCUCAAGAAAGACUGGUAGGAUUGGCUAUGAUGUCAAUUGAAAGUGAAAUAUUAGAAAAUAUUGAUGUAGAAUCAGUUAUAAGAAGUUUUGCUGAACUUAAAGCUCGCAAAGUUUUAUUGUAA